GAUGGAGAGAAUCAUCUAUUUUUUAAACCGCGGGAAAAGUGUCCUUCGUUCUCGAGGUUUACGCAUCUUUGAAGUCCGCGACAGACAUUGAAAAAAUUUGAGUUGUACUCCCACAAAAUUGGAAAAAAAAAAUCAGUCAGUCAAAUUGAACACUUGAAAGCAGCUGUAUAUUGGGAACUUGGUGAGACAUGGGAGACUCCAACAUGAGUCACUUGGCUGCAGUGUACGUGGCAGGGACGCAGGGCACAGUCCUGGGGAGCGAGCAGGACCCAUUCCUGGAUCAGUACGACCUGGACUACAACCUUUCUAAUGACGAGUUACCGGACACCACAAAGGGCCAGGCCUUCUUCGUGGCCACCAUUGUCAUCAGCGUGGUUCUCAUCUGCAUCAUGCUAGUCUGUGGUGUCGGGAACUUCCUCUUUAUUGCCACGCUGGCACGUUAUAAGAAGCUGCGAAACCUCACCAACCUGCUCAUCGCCAACCUGGCCAUUUCAGACUUCAUCGUGGCGGUGGUGUGUUGCCCGUUCCUGGUGGAAUACUACCUGGUCAAGCAGCUGUCCUGGGACCACGGUCUGGUGCUGUGUGCCUCUUUGAACUACCUGAGGACUGUGUCUCUGUAUGUGUCUACCAAUGCCCUGCUGGCCAUCGCUGUGGACAGGUACAUGGCCAUCGUGCACCCCCUCAGGCCACGCAUGAACUACCAGACAGCCUACUGCGUGAUCACAGGGGUGUGGAUCGUCCCCAUCCUCAUCUCCAUCCCUUCUGCCUACUUCACCUCUGAGACCAUGUACCCACACAGAAAUGCCGACGCCCAGACCACACACAAGGUGUUCUGUGCCCAGAUCUGGCCCGUGGACCAGCAGGCCUAUUACCGCUCCUACUUCAUGAUCGUCUUUGCCUUGGAGUUUGUUGGGCCCGUGGUGGUCAUGGUCAUGUGCUACGCCCGGAUCUCACGGGAUCUGUGGUUCAAGAGCGUUCCCGGCUUCCAGACGGAGCAGAUCAGGAAGAGGCUACGCUGCCGCAGGAAGACGGUGAUGGUGCUGAUCGGGAUCCUCACCGCCUACAUCCUGUGCUGGGCGCCGUACUACAGCUUCACCAUCCUGCGGGACUUCCACCCGACAUUCAUCUCCCGCCAGAAGAACUCGCUGGUGGCCUUCUACAUCAUCGAGUGCAUCGCCAUGAGCAACAGCAUGAUCAACACUUUCUGCUUUGUCAGCGUGAAGAACAACACGGUCAAGUACCUGAAGAGGAUUGUGCUGCUGCGCUGGAGGUCCUCUUACGCACCCAGCAAGACAGUGGAGGAGACUGAUCCGAGAACCUUCAACAUAACUGUAACUGAGGUGGUGGAGUGUAUUCCUAUGAAGUGACGACCCAAUUCAGUAAACAUAAAACUGUUUAUACUUAACAACUGUUUUACAUUUGAGUUGAUGUUGGUCUACUGGUAGAGACUGUGUACAUUUUAUUGUGGAGAGGAGUCUUGGGUGUAUUUUAUUUUGAGUAUACCUUAUUACUGUGGAAGACAGAAAGCUGAUGUGAAUUUCGAAAAUGUGUGUUCAACUACACUGUCGGAUACGGACGAUAAUCUAAUGUACAGUGGGCCAAUGUUGAACAUGAAUGUACAAAAUGCAUUUUUUAUAGUGUUGUACUUUCAUUCAUGCUUUGCUUACAGAAUUAAUUAUGUAAUUUUUUCAACAACUGGAUGUUUGUAAUUGAAUUCUGAUCUCUCAGGUCAGACAGAAUCUGUGAAGAUGUUGCAUCACUACUCUAUGUUCCUUUGACAUGUUUUGAUCAGUCUGAAAACACUUUGAGACUUACAAGAAUCUUAGAUCUUGGCAUAAUUUUGGCCUCUCAUGUUCUAACCUUCUUUUACACUCCACGUUACAAUGCCAGUAAUAUUUUCUCUGAUAUUCUC